GGGAGUUUGUUAAUGACUGUAGUAGGGAAAAGAGAAAGUUGUCUGUUACUUUUUGAGCUUUAAAGUAUUAGCUGGGAAUUGGAAGGGUGAGAUAAGGGGAGGGGAAUUUAAAAGCAGCCCUGGACAAAAUGAUGCAAGAGGCGUGAAAGAAUAGCUAUAAUAUAAUAUAAUAAAAAUUAUAUCAAGUAAACCUGAUUUAUGGAGGGAGGUGGGAAGAAGAAAGGGAAGUUGAGAGAUAACAUAUUGGUUUUGCCCUGUAGAACUCCUUGCCCAUGUAUGGUGAAGGGUAAUGAUAAGCUUUGACACCUUAUCCUUUUUAUUUUUGUUUUAGAUUUAUUUUUUAUCUUUAAUUUCCAGAUUUUUUAUCAGGCCCUUCUCUUGCCCUUUUAACUGCACCCAUCCGUCAGGCAUUCUUUAGUUGUGAUUCCUGCAUUGCAGGGAGUUGUACUAGAUUACCCUUUGGAAGUACCAACUCAAGAUGAUUCCAUGAUCCUGACACAUAGAAAUGGAACACUGGAAAGCUUUUCUUGGGCUUCCUCUGCAUGGCAUGACAAAUUUUAGCUGCAAUGUCUAUGUGUUGGCUUACUGUGAAAAAACAGAGCCUGCUGGCUUUGGGUUAGUUUUCCCUGAGCAGAACCACCCUGAGACAUUUUCCCAACCCACCUCAUAUCAAUAUGUGAUCUGAAAGGUGUGCUACAGGACCUUCAACAUUUAUCUCCCUUGAUGUGAGGGAUACAAGGGUGCAGCUAUCUGACUGUGUGCCAUUUCCUUGGCAACUGGACCAAUGGGGUCUUUCUACAUGAGUUUCUCAUCUCUUAAACUGGUGGGGACCGAGCCCGCUUCUUAAAUACUUACGGUGCAAGGAAUAGAUGUCGCCCAGAGCUCUGAGUCGCUUUCCUCUCUGUUUUUGCCCUUAGCCAGAAGUGGCCUCUGCAGACUCCCUGUCUGCAUAGGAGAAAAGCAGGCAAGGGGAUGCCCCCCCCCUGCUCAUUUUUCAGCUCCAAAUCACCCUCUUCUCUACUGCUUUCCUGCCUGUGAAAGAACAGAUCAGGGGUACCCAGUAUCUUUCUCCCUUAAUCUUUGACUGAAGGAGCAACGGGAAAGGGUUAAGCUGGACUCAUUUACUCUUAAUUUACUCCUAAAUUGCUUUUUAAUACUUUUGUUUCAGUUUUUAAAAAUAAAAUAAUCAGAGGCAAGAAACACAACCCCCCUUAUAUCUAAGUGAACCCUCCAGUGUUCUGCUUUGUGGAACACUAUUUUUCUCUCGCUGGUGGCUGGUGGGAGUUGUAGUCCAAAAUAGCCAGAGGGCACCAGGUCAGGGAAGGCUGUUCUAGGUCCCCUUUGGGUUGGAGGCCUGCAUUUUCCAGAAGUUUGAAAGAAGAUUUGUGUUUUUCCCAUUGCCUCGUCUAGGUUGAGAGCGGUGGUCCAGAAGCCCUUGCAAACACUUUGCCUCGCUGGUGUGGAGCCAUUUGCAAGGAUCCAAAGCCGAGCCCUUGGCCACAGGUAACUGGCCUCCGAGAAGAUAUUCAAAGCCAUGUCCAUGGAGAGCGCAGGACCCCUGAAGCCCCUUAUCGCCGUCUGCCAGAUGACCUCCACUCCUGACAAAGCCCACAACUGGGCGUCCUGCUCACGGCUCGUCCGGGAGGCUGCCCAGAGGGGGGCUUGCGUUGUCUUCCUCCCGGAAGGCUUCGACUUCAUUGGCAGCAGCGUGAAGGAGUCCCUGAGCCUAGCUGAGCCCCUGGAGGGAGACCAUCUGCAGCGUUACAUUGGGCUGGCCAGGGAAUGUGGUGUCUGGUUGUCCCUUGGAGGCUUCCAUGAAAGAGGCUGUGAUUGGGAGAGCACAGGAAGGAUCUACAACUGCCACCUCCUCUUGGAUCCCAAAGGAACCCUGGUAGCUGCCUAUCGGAAGACUCAUCUUUUUGACGUAGAGAUGGAGGGGCGAGUGUCCCUGAAGGAAAGUGCCUUCACCAACCCAGGCUCCAAGAUAGUGGCUCCUGUGGAGACCCCGGCUGGAAAGGUUGGUCUGGCCAUUUGCUACGAUCUCCGCUUCCCAGAAAUGUCUAUCGCUCUGGCCCGGGAAGGGGCGGAGAUUCUCACCUACCCAUCAGCCUUCACUGUGACAACAGGCUCGGCCCACUGGGAGGUGCUGCUGCGAGCUCGUGCUGUUGAGACCCAGUGUUAUGUGGUUGCAGCUGCUCAGACAGGAAAGCACCACGCAAGCCGCACCUCCUACGGCCACGCCAUGGUAGUGGACCCAUGGGGCAGCGUCGUCGCCCAGUGCCAGGAGGGGCCAGGCCUGUGCUACGCAGAGAUCGACCUUGCCUACCUGCGCCGCAUCCGGCAGGAGAUGCCGGUCUUCUCCCAUCGCCGGGCCGACCUGUAUGGCCAGGUGGCUGCUCAGAAGAGACCCCCAUCCCCGUGAUUUGCUUGGUUGCUGCUGGCCCAGCUUCCGGAACCUCUUAUCCUUCUAAUGACCUACCUGGGUGGAUUUUCGCUCCCUCAACCAACAAUUCUGCUAGGAAGUGGGUGAUAAGUAGAACAACUAAGAGAAAUGUACCCGCUCUCCCAAGUGGAUCCAGGAAAGGGCACCUUGCCCUAUGAAGCCUGGUCUUUUAUUCCACCUGGGAAGGGUGCAUUCGCUCAGAUGAGCUGCAGUGAAUCCUUUGCCCCCAAAUUAGGGGCGGUGGAAUCUGCAAGCCCCCAGAUCCUGCUAGACCUAAAUUCCCAUCAGUUCCAGCCAGUACACAGAUGGGAGAUGCAGUCCAGGAACAUUCAGAGUGUCAGUUUCCCCAGCUCUGACUGAAAUAAAUCUGCCCCCGCUGGAUUCCCACACUUCUUCCAGUCACCUAAUAAUCCAUUUUUAAACGGUUACAUUGGUACCUCGAGUUACAAACGCUUCAGGUUACAAACUCCGCUAACCUGGAAGAGUUGCCUCGAAUUGAGAACUUUGCCCCAGGAUGAGAACAGAAAUUGUGUUCUGGCAGCAAGAGGCCCCAUUAGCAAAAGCACGCCUCUAAGUAAGAAGUGUUUCAGGUUAAGAACGGACUUCCGGAACGAAUUAAGUUCAUAACUAGAGGUGCCACUGUAUUGGGAUCAGAACCCAGCUGGCUUCCAAUAGGGUUCUGCCCCUUAGGCAAACGGUGCUUUGGAUUUGUUUCCAUCUCUCUGCUGCUAAGAGUCAAGUAUCACAACUCACACACGAUGCAAACUUUUUGGCCCACUUUAUUUUGUGCCGAACAUUAUCCUUCCACUUGAUUGCAACUUGGAGAUGAGGAAUAAGUUUUUAGCAAAUAAAUUUGUCACUUGUAUGCAUGAUGAAAUUGGAAUCUCUCUUUUUUUU